AUGCGCAAGGAGAUUGACGCGAUAAACAAGAGGAACCAAAAGGUGCUGGGAGAUGCUCCGGGCAAACAUGGCUCUGACAAACCGCUGAAGAAGGCGUCCGGGGGCAAAAGCUUGAAGGAAGCUCUUCUUGGGGCGACAGCGGCAAAAGAAGGCGGCAGGUCGCCGAGAACGAAGAAACCUGUCUUGGAAGAUGACUUUGCGAAGCUCGAUAUCAAGCACCUGAACCCUGAAGAGCUGGAUUUCCAGCCUGUCGAUUACGAGAUUCCCCCCGUUCCGAGACUCGCAUAUGGCUUGGAUCGCGUCCUCUUCAACCCUGGCGUCUAUCGUCUCCAGGAUCCGCGCACGCGCGUUUACAACUUCGACCCAUAUCUUGAAAAGAUCAUGAACGUCAACGAGUUCAACUUCUCGGCAUUGAGCGAAUACAAGACUUCGUCCAAGGAUGAGGAGCUUUUGGCACUCACCAAGAAGAUGGAGACCAAAUUCACUGGAUCUACAUCGAGCAUGUCAGGCGUAUUGCAACACUUCCAUUUCCUACUUUCCAACUUCCGCCCGCUCAACCACGACAUGCUCUCACAAGAGUUCCCAAAGCCGACGAGCAAGUUCUCCAAGAUCACUCUGGGUCCAAGCGCCAUCUUUCUCCGAAGGAAAGAUGGCCUGUAUGCUAUUGAUGCAGACAAAGCUUUUGAUUCGCCCAACAUCAUGAGCUGGCUAGGACACUCACUUGAGAAGCUGUUGACUGUGGAUCGUAAGGAAUUCGAGCGAUAUCGUCGCUCAAGUGGGGAUGCUGUCCCGGGCGAGGACGAGUCGGCUAGGUGCUACCAUUACUCCAAACUUGGUAACUUCCUUAUGCGGUCUCAGCUAGACGCAUAUGACCCGCGAUUGCCUGGGAAAGGCAUCUUUGACCUGAAAACGCGCGCCGUGGUGUCGAUACGCAUGAACCACGAAGAAUACGAGACUGGGAAGGGGUACCAAAUCCGCUAUGACCGUGGUGAAUGGGAGUCCUACGAACGCGAGUUCUACGACAUGACCAGGGCUACCAUGCUCAAAUACUCCCUGCAAGUGCGCAUGGGGCGCAUGGACGGCAUUUUUGUCGCGUACCACAACGUCGAGCGCAUCUUUGGAUUCCAGUAUCUUCCAAUUGAGGACAUGGACAAUGUGCUGCAUGGGCAGAAGGACACAUGCCUCGGCGACCAAGAAUUCAAGAUGAGCAUCAGCUUGUUGGACGAGCUAAUGCAAAAGGCCACUGAACAGUAUCCCGAUCAAACAUUGCACAUGCACUUCCACACGCACCAGAGCAACCGCGGCAACCCACCUUUCAUGUACAUCUUUGCCGAGCCCGUCACCGAGGAACGAGCAGACGAGAUACAGAACAAGAGUCAAGACGCUCAAAGGGCAUUCGAGCGGGAUAUUGUCGGCAUAGUCAAAGAUGACCCCUCCUUGCAAGCUGAAUGGGCAGAGAUACAAGAUCGAGUCAAUGAGGAAAUGGGUAGCGAGGACGAUUUAGACAUGAAGAAAGCGGAGGGAGCUCAAGACGAGGAAUCCAUCGCGAAUGCACUGGAGCAGUCGGGUGAAGAGACUUCCCAAGUGACGGACGAGCCAACCCCAGAAAACACCCAAGAUUCCGAUGCGCCCGAAGAACCCAAGGGCCCAUUGAUGGGGUGGACAUUGGCAGUCCGUCACCGCCUCAACGGAGAAUACGUGGAACGGCCAGCGAAGCUCACGCCCGACGACAGCUGGACACUUGAAUACCAUAUCCGCGAGCUGGCCGAGUCGGACCGGUGGAGUCUUUACGAAAAAGUCAAAAAGACGCGCGAUAAUCUCAUUGGCGAGGCGCGAGACAAGGAGGGUAACAAAGGGUUAGACCAAUAUCGCCAAUUGAUCAAGAGAUACAGCGACAAAGGUCGUGCGUGGAGGGAGGAGCAGGAUGCGCUGGCGGCACAGGUGGACCCCAUGGUGUAUGAGCCGCUGGGGCCAGGAUCGGAGAAGGAGAAAUCGAGCUCUGCCUGA